CUCCUCCCGACCUGCCCCGGGCUCAUGGCCCCGCCUACCCUAAAGUAGGCGAAAGGUCGGCGGUGCCAGAGGUGCUGCUGGGCACCCGAGCAAGACCGCCCGGGAACUGACAGGCCGACUGUCAAGACGACAGACCAUGGCAAAGGAGCCGAAACCCAUCAGCCCGCUCAAGAACCUGUUGGCCGGCGGCUUUGGCGGCGUGUGCCUGGUGUUCGUGGGGCACCCUCUGGACACGGUCAAGGUCCGGCUGCAGACACAACCACCAAGUUUACCUGGACAGCCUCCCAUGUACUCUGGCACCUUUGACUGUUUCCGAAAGACUCUUAUAAAAGAGGGCAUCACAGGACUCUACCGGGGUAUGGCUGCACCCAUCAUUGGGGUCACCCCCAUGUUUGCUGUGUGCUUCUUUGGGUUUGGUUUGGGGAAGAGACUACAGCAGAAAUCCCCAGAAGAUGUGCUCAACUAUCCCCAGCUGUUUGCAGCUGGAAUGUUAUCUGGUGUGUUCACCACAGGAAUCAUGACCCCUGGGGAACGAAUCAAGUGCUUAUUACAGAUUCAGGCAUCUUCAGGGGAAAACAAGUAUACUGGCACAAUGGACUGUGCAAAGAAACUGUAUCAGGAGUUUGGGAUCCGAGGCUUUUACAAAGGAACUGUGCUCACUCUAAUGAGAGAUGUUCCUGCCAGUGGCAUGUAUUUCAUGACCUAUGAAUGGCUGAAAAAUAUCUUUACCCCAGAAGGGAAGAGUGUCAGUGAGCUCAGUGUACCUCGUAUCCUGGUGGCUGGAGGUGUUGCAGGAAUCUUCAACUGGGUUGUGGCAAUUCCCCCAGAUGUACUCAAGUCUCGCUUCCAGACGGCACCUCCUGGAAAAUAUCCUAAUGGUUUCCGAGAUGUGCUCAGAGAGUUGAUCCGGGAUGAAGGAAUCACAUCCUUGUACAAAGGGUUCAAUGCAGUGAUGAUCCGAGCCUUCCCAGCCAAUGCAGCCUGCUUCCUUGGCUUUGAGGUUGCCAUGAAGUUCCUUAAUUGGAUCACCCCCAACUUGUGAGGAAGAAGGUUGAGGCUUCUGCAUGCUGGACACUGUCAUGGAGGAGGAGCAGUGGGCAGGACUGGCAGUUCUGAAGGGGUGAGGGGGGGGAGAAUGGUGGAAUCAGAGCUCUAUGCAUGGACAUGGUGAACCUAUUGCCUUAAAGACAUCCUCUACCUUGUAUAACCACCUGGUAAUGCCAUUUGGAAACUUGAAUUCACUCUUGUCACUCUAAGGGAUCUCACGAUGGAAUACGUAGCUUCUAGACCAGCUAACCACCUGUGAUCAGAUGGCUAACCUACUGGUUGACUGCUGGCUCUCGACUCUACCCAAAAUCCUCCUCACCUAAAGAGCCUGUCACUGAAGACGCCUUACAAAUGCUUUUUCAACCAACUCAUCAGAUGCUGAGAUCUUGUUUAAAUCCGAACCGGGAACAUUCAAUUGAUUUACAAGGUGUCAUCUAAUCCUGGGGUGUACAUAAAAAUAUGGACUUGUGGACCUAAGGCCCACAUCAUAUUCAUCCAAGAGGUCUGGGUAGAUAUGUCUUGGAAGAGAUAGCUUGUUUAACCAUUGAAUUUUGAUUAUGUUUAUGGCUAGCAAAUAAUCAUACAUAAAAUUGGAGUAGCCUAAUUUCCCCAGGAGAAGAUGGGAGAAUUUGUUUUUCUUCCCACACAAUGAGGACAUUCUGAGACUGCUAGGGUAAGUGUGAAAGCUCAAGGGUGUAGGAAGGCUUUUUGCACACUCUUUCCUCAUGAGAGCACCCACAUUUAACAGGGUACAAUAAAUACUGUUUCUAAUUUUUG